AUGAAACGGGCUGUUACGGCAUUGUUUAUGCUGGAGCCCGGUCUCGUUCGCUCAGCCAUCAAUUUCGAUGGCAACCCGGCCGUUACGCCUUUGGGCGACGGUGACCCUGCCCCGAUCCACAGCCCCCGAACCUACGAACCAGACCAGCACGACUGUCUACUUCUAUGCGUGGCCUUUGCUGACGUUCACAGCUGGACUCCAUAUCUGUCAGUCGACCGUUUCGCCGCUCCCCUGGACGAACCAGCUUCCACCAUUCUCAACCGUGGCUGCAGGCUGACAUCUGGCCCGGCCUCUGAGACUAAUAUGUCGUCGUACUUCUCGGGGGCCAUGGAGAACCCGAAGAAGUCUGAAGCUCUCUUUGAUCCUCCGUUGAGUUCCGCCCCAGCCUGCGUCGCUGGCACACUCGAAGUCCAAGGCAACCUGCAAACGGCUGGCAGCAUCUGCAGCGGUGGCAAAGUUGCGGCUCAAGUUGUUUCCGGCCUACUGAGAGGAAUCGAGAGCUUCUUCAAAUCCCCAGACAACUGCGACGAAAAUUUCAUGUUUGCCAGUGGCCGGCAGCCGGAACGAAUCUUUGGUAUCGCCAUCGGCACGGCAGGGGACCAUGCGGCCCUCCGAAGAACGGCUCUGGCAUAGAGCCAGGGCAGCUGUGCCGCCGACGGGGACAUUGAAACUGCCGGAGAGCUUCAGGGAUUGACCUUCUUUGAGGCGGCUGGGACAGGAGCGACACCACGUUACAACAGCAG